AUGUCGACAGCAAAUCCGCCGCCGGGCGCGCUCGCGGUGGGACACCCCAAUGGCUCCGACCCUUUCGUCGCGGGUGCGCACGGUGCCCAGCGACAGCGCUACGCAGCAUUCGACAACUCCCAGUUCAGCCUCUACCUAAAUGGCUCCCCGGCACAAGCGAAGCGGGCUUUGCAAGCCCAUCUGUCCGAGACGACGCGGCGCCUCCAGGAGACAUCGCACUUGGGCAAUGCGCUCGUGCAGCAGCGCCGGGAGCUAGAGGAAAAGCUACACGAGGUCGAACAGCAACAGCAGGAGAGCGACAUGGGGCCCGAGCUGCGCCAAAGACUCGCCGAGUUGGAGAAGGAGUUCAACGAGGUUGGCAGAGAGACCGCUCGCGCCUUCCUCCCCAAGUCCCGCGUACCAAGCGGAGAGGCCGAUUCUGCCAUCGGACAAUCCGUCUACUCCAGCGAAGCCCAACACUCGCCCACCAAGGUCAGCGUACCGUCACGGAAACAACGAAACCAGCAGCCAAGCAGGAUCAAUGACAUUGCGCUGGCCACCGAGAUCUCCACUUCUCUGCUCUCGCAGCUGAAGGAGCUGCAAGCCGUCUUGCUCGAAAGGGACGAUGCACUCAAGGCCGCCGAUCUCGACAGGUCGCAGCUCGAGAUCGAGGUUGAGGGCCUGUCGCAGCGCUUGCGGGUUGUCGACGAAAGCGAGUCACGCCUCAAGGAUGUCAACUGGAGUCUAGAGACACAAGUUCGCGAGUCAGAAGUGCUCACCAAGGCAGCUGCGGACAGGGAGAAUCGCCUAAACCAUUCCCUGAAUCUGCUAAGGACCGAAAAAUCUACCUUGGAACGAGAGUUCGAGGACCUGAAGCAACAAUUCACAAAACUUAGCGAUGACCACAUCAACAAAACCAAGCAGACCGAGACUGAGCUGACAAGUCUGCGCCGUAAUGUGGCCAUGACUGAAACUGAGAAGAACGCUCUGCAGCGCAAGGUCGAGGAACUGUCCAACCAGAACCAGGAGCUAGCAAAGGCCGUUGCCUACCGCAUGAAGGUCGAUGAGCAAAUCGCACUUGAGGAUACCUCCCCAGAUGACGGUACGGAGGAGCGAGAGACUCUGACUCCUGAACACUCACCCCCGCCAUCGCCAAGCAAAGCUACACCACGCCACGGUAUGCUCGAAUCAGAGACCUUGAAGCACUCCCUUCAACACGCACAUCGUAUGAUCCAGCAGCUCAAGAACAACAUCCACCGCGAAAAAACCGAAAAGAUUGAGCUCAAGCGCAUGCUUCAGGAUGCCCGUGACGAGCUCGAGACCAACCGCGGUGCACUUAACGGGCCAGGAAGCGCAGGCAAGCGACGAUCCAAGACAGACAAGGACCUGUUCAAAAAGCCAGCUCGUCCCGAUCGCCUCGGUGCCCUACGAUCCGGUACUCACGAGAUCGUGGAGGACGAGGAAGACUGGGAAGAGCAAGAAGGUGUCCAAGCUACGCCCAGCCGACGUCCCAGGUCAGAGCAUGUCCCUGGUGCCUUCUCCGGUGGGUUCAGCUCCGCAGCCGAGACCAGUGCCAACGAAGGCUUCGAGACUGCCAACGAGACUUCAGACGCUGCAUUCGAGACCGCAAACGAACGUGACGGCACAACUACCGAGACCGAUGCAUUCUUGACUGGAGCCGAGACACUCGACGGUGGUAGCAGCGAUGAGUUGACUGAAACUGAAGCUGGGCCCUCCACAGUGACAAAUCGAGGCAGUCGUUCCACGCUCGUCCCAAGAAAACACCAGGAUUCGUACGAGAGUACAGCUUCCACCUCUGGUGACGAGUUCGACGACUUGGCAUUCAAGACCCCGAUUCAGAAGCAGCCUUCGCGUUUCCGACUCAGGUCCAAAGCAAGCGGAUCUCGUGUCGGAACUCCGAAAGGAAGUCUGGAUUUCCAUGCCAGCAGCCCUGCGGUCGAAUCACCAGCUAGCUUUGCCAGUAACAGCCGUGAGAACACGCCAGCUCAAGGAAAGAGUCUGUUCGCAGAAUUAAACGAUUUGAGUGGGGAUGAGGACGGCAGUAGCGUCGGUGAAGGAACACCAAGCCGAUCAAGCGUGGUGUACUCACGCGAGUCGUCCCCAGAACAUCUGAAGAGGCAGGCAGAGACAGUCAAGUCGGUCAUGGUUGACUCUGGCAUGAUGACAGAGCCCGAGCCUCGACAAGCUGUAGGUCUGUCUACGAUACAGUCACGAGCCACCGAGCCGCAGGUGCCUCGACCAGCCAGUCUACACUUCUCCGCGCUCUCUGCCGAAAAUACGAUUCCUCAGGGUGCUCCACGACCAGACCUCCGUUUGUCCUCAGUUUCUGCGCAGGAGACCCUACCAAAGGCUUCCUUGCAGCCUGCUCUUACCGUCUCGACCGUCUCCGGACAUAGCACUCAGCCCGAGGCUCCUCGUGUGGCGCCACUAACUUUCUCUUCUCUUUCUGCCCACGAGAGCGUGCCUGAAGCAGCUCCUGCGGCACGUCUCGGAGUGUCAUCCGUGUCCUCACAGAACACCUUGCCAGAGGCGGCACGAUCUGUGCCACUCGACAUGUCCUCUAUUUCGAUGCAUCACACCGAACCUCAGCACGCGGCGACUCCAGCUCUGAGCAUGUCUUCUCUCUCGAUGCACCAAACAGAGCCUCAACAUCUAGCGGUGCCAGCUAUGGGCAUGUCCGGUCUUGUGUCCAACGAGACACAGCCACUUGCACCUACCCAGGACAACUCAAGGGCCCUAUCUAUGGGUGUUUCGGGUAUCGUGCACCAGAGUAGCGAGCCUAGGGAAGGCAACACAGGGAGAGCACUUGCUUCCGGGAGUUUGCUCGUUUCUGGAAUACAUUCCCAGUCGACAGAGCCAAGCGACCUGGGUAGCUCAGCUGUGACUCAACGCAAUCCUCAGCAACUAGACAGCGCCAUUCAGCCAGACGGCCAGGAAAGCCAAAUCAACCCUGUCGUCUCAAUCGACGGAACCCCUGGAGGCAAAGAAGUCAUUGCCAAAGCUAUCCUCCAUUACGUCGCAAUCAUCGGUACCCGUGCAGCCAAAAAUGCAAGCAUUGUCAGUCUCGUCGACCGUGUCCGCACAGCUACGAUGUCGAUGCAUUCUGCUCUUGCUACCGAGCCUAUUGCACCGCGACAGCAGGUGUUACGGCAGGCAAACAUCGAGACACAGCAGACGGAGCCCGUGGAGCCAUCCGUGAUUGUCCCUUCUCAAUACGGCGUCUCCAAUGUGACAACUCUGCACGAUGCUCAUCCCGAGUCUCCAACGCUGCCACCACAUCUGCCGUCUCCCAGCCGCUCGCCAACCCGACCCCCAACGGCUCAGCGACUUCCGCCGCCCAAACUUGCACUCUCAUUUGUGUCAUCGCAGGAUACGGAGCCUCGCGACGGUUCGCGGCCUGCCACGGCUCAUCGAUCACUACCUCCAGUCUUUUCGACCUCUGCCACGUCCGUAGAGCACGAUGAGGAGAACACACAGGCGAUAGAGCCAUCAGAGUCCAGCUUGUUCGAUAAUGUAGUGUCUCGGGGCGCUGAUCGAGAUUCGCGCACACCGCUUGCCCCUAUCAGCUCUAACCUGGCCCCAAGGAGCGCUCGACCACAGAUGAGCGAUGGAGGAACCCAAACCAUGGUCUCCGCUGAGCAGAUUGACAAGCUUUUGCUUGCUCGGAACCAGCGUUAUUCAGCCAUACUCACUCCAAGUAGCGUUGAAAAGGUUGCGUCUCCCCCACCCUCUCCGAGCAGGAGACACUCGAAUGAAGGUCGCACCCCUCGCAGGCCUGGCAGCUCCGGCAGCAUUCGAUCCCGAGCAGCAUCGCCGCCGCCUCUCCCAGCAGACCACAGGGAGGUUAUUGCUGCAGCUGCUAAGAGUCUUCCCCCGCCUUCGCCCACUGUAGGAGCAAUGGGACCGCCCGUGAUGCCCGCAUCGGCCUAUAAGAAGCGACCAACAACACCAUCAAUCAGGACAAAUAGUGCGACGUUGACGCCAAGGGCUGGAGGCACCACUCCUCGUGCUCGUCGGCAGUCUGCGCGAAGUGGAGCCUCUUCUCCGCUCAGCCGGCGGUCAUCGCUGUCUUCGUUCACUUCCGAGGUGGAUCAGCGCUUCAACAUGCAAGGCGGCCCAUCUUUCACCCCGAACGGCUUGGCAGCCGGUGCUACCGACCCUCGGAUGAUACAGGCUAUCACCCAGACCAUGAUUGGUGAAUACUUGUGGAAGUACACUCGUAAGACUGGACGUGAGGGCCUCUCAGAGAAUCGUCAUCGACGAUUCUUCUGGAUUCACCCAUACACCAGAACACUCUACUGGAGCGACAGAGAUCCUCAGAGUGCUGGCAAGACAGAACUGAAGGGCAAGAGUGUCGCAAUUGAGUCUGUCCGAGAGGUCGAGGACAACAACCCGCUGCCUCCGGGACUCCACCAGAAGAGCUUAAUCAUCGGUACCCCGGGACGGUCAAUUAAGUUCACUGCACCAACAGGUCAGCGUCACGAGACCUGGUUCAAUGCACUGAACUACUUGUGCCAAAGGGUGGAAGAGGGUGCGGAUCCAAAAUCACCGCAGGCACCGACGUCUGGCGACGAGAUCCAGGAUGAAUUCAAUGCAGGCUAUCGCAGCUCCUCACGAGCGACUGGACGGUCGAGGGCCUCCAUGGCAUCGCACAUGACCCGACGGACGGCAUCGCCUCACCACGCCGAGGUGCCUACACUCCGACCAUCCCAGUCACAGUCCACCACGUACGAGGAGCCCAGCAACGCCAACAUGGAGCUUAGCCGGGACAUCCACGACCAUGUUGAGCACGAUCUAGACAACAUGGUCAAUGUCCGCGCAUGCUGCGAUGGCAAACACGAUGUCGGUCACCUUCACAUGCACUCGAUGCAGGGACGGCACAGCAGCAACAACGUUAAGUCGCGGCCAUCUUUCAUUGGAUCCCUCAGCUCGAGAUCUGCGUCCCGCAAUGAGUCGCGCAACGAGUCUCGCAAUGAGUCCCGGAACGAAUCGCGCAACGAGCGCAUCCGUCACGAGACGGAGAUGGAGGCAGCAAACUAUGGAGCUGGUGCCUAG